AUGGAACUCACUGACAAGCGAAAACUCGACUUUGGACCCGAUGGCGAUGAGCCUUCGCCUAAGAAAAGAGUGAUUGGCCCCUCAUUGCCCCCACCCCAGCCUUUGGACGCCCCCGAGAGUAGCAGCAAAGAUGCGCAUUCCGACUCCAACUCCGACAGCGACAGCGACAGCGACGAUGACUUUGGGCCCGGCCUACCACCAUCACUCGGUGGUGCCCAACCGGCUAGGCAGUUCUCUGAACAGCAGGCUUCUCAGAUAUCAGAAACACAGAAGAAAGAGAGCCAACGAGAUGAAUGGAUGCUUCACCCACCCAGCCAGAGCGACUGGGCCUCGAAAAUCGACCCAACACAACUUCGGAACCGAAAAUUCCAGACGGGCAAGUCCGCCCGCUCAUCUACUUCCAAACAAGUGGAUGCCACAUGGAUAGAGACGCCAGAGGAGAGAAUGCGACGGCUUGAGGACGAAAUGCUAGGCGUUGGUGCUCCUUCAAAAAGCGAGGGGCAGCGUACUCCGAGCUCGACAAAUCCAGCCCGAGCCAAGGAGAUGGAAGAAAAGAUCAAGAAAUUCAAUGAUCAAUCUGGCACGAACACCCGCCUCGAUAAAGAUCAACCAGCUCGGAAGGAGGAAGAGGACGAUCCAAGUUCGCGUGCUUUUGAUCGAGAGAAGGAUAUGGCGGUCUCGUCAAAAAUCACAAAUGCGCAACGUCGAGAAAUGAUAAACAAAGCGAGUGACUACAGCUCGCGCUUUUCGAAAGGGAACUAUCUCUAG